AAUUGUAGCCAAACAUUCAAUGCACAUUAUUUAAUCCCUUUAAAAAUAUCUUACUUCUAAAGAUCGCACCUUACAUUAUGGCUGUUCAUCAGAAAUUGCAAGUCUUUGUUACUUUGCAUAUUUAUUUUCACGAUCUCAUUCUAGCUCAGCCUGAUUUACUAUUCUCUGACUGUGGUCUCAAUGGCAACUACACUCAAAAUAGUGCAUACCACAACAAUCUCAACACACUACUUUCCUCCCUUUCAUCAAAUAUGAAUAACUAUGGUUUCUACAACGCUUCCAUUGGCCGAAACGCAGACCUAGUCAGUGUUAUUGUGCUAUGCAGAGGAGAUGUGGAGCUGCAAGAAUGUCGUACCUGUGUUAAUAACGCUGCUCCAAAGAUUGUACGUUCAUGCCCAGUGGAAAAAGAAGCUUUUGGUGGCUAUGAUGAAUGUAUGUUACAGUAUUCUGGUCGACCAAUCAUCGGUACCACUACGAAUGAUCCUCUGCUAUACAUGUGGGAUUCGGGGAAUGCCUCGAAACCCCAAGAGUUUAACCGGGAGUUAAAGAAAUUAGUGGAGACUUUGAGAGGUCAAGCUGUGAAUGGUGAUCCUUUUCGCAAAUAUGCCAGUGGUAGUGCGACAGAUCCAAAUGAUCAGACUAUAUAUGCACUUGUGCAAUGUACUCCUGAUUUGUCUCCUCAGGAUUGCUCCGAUUGCUUAACGAAUGCUUAUGGAGCUAUGGCUACUUGUCCUUGCAAUGGCAAUAGGGGCAGUAGACAAAUAGGGCCUAGGUGCAACUUCCGUUAUCAGAGUUAUCGUUUCUUCAAACACGUCGCCUCUGAAUCUCCACCACAAGGAAAGGAUGAUAAAUCUGCUAGAACGGUCAUUAUUAUUGUUGUGUCAACUGUUAUAACUAUAAUUCUUAUGGUUUGUACUUUGAUAAUCUUGAUGAAGAUGCGAAAGAGGAAGAUGCAGGACAAAAUUCAGAGUAGACGUGUGGACGAUAUUAGUACUGCAGAAUCCUUGCAGUAUGAUCUCUCUACAAUUAGAGAAGCAACAGAUAACUUUUCAAGUUCUAAUAAGUUGGGAAGUGGUGGAUUUGGUCCUGUGUACAAGGGUGUGCUUCAAAAUGGACAAGAAGUAGCAGUGAAAAGAUUGUCAGCAAAUUCAAGCCAAGGUGAUCUAGAAUUCAAAAACGAGAUCUUGUUGGUUGCAAGGCUUCAACACAGAAAUUUGGUUAGGUUGUUGGGAUUUUGCCUUGAUGGAAUUGAGAGACUUCUUGUGUAUGAAUUUGUUCCCAAUGCAAGCCUUGACCAAUUUUUAUUUGAUCCAGUUAAACGUAGACAAUUGAAUUGGGAAAGGAGAUCCAAAAUCAUAGGAGGUGUUGCUAGGGGGAUUCUUUAUCUUCAUGAGGAUUCUAGACUUCGAAUCAUUCAUCGUGAUCUCAAAGCUAGCAAUGUUCUACUUGAUGCAGAGAUGAAUCCUAAAAUCUCAGAUUUUGGCAUGGCAAGGCUAUUUGCAUUGGAUGAAACUCAAGGCAACACAAGUAGAGUUGUUGGGACCUAUGGAUAUAUGGCACCAGAAUAUGCAACGCGGGGGAAAUUCUCAGUCAAGUCAGACGUCUUUAGCUUUGGAGUAUUACUCCUGGAAAUCAUAAGUGGCCAAAAGAAUAUGUGUUCCAGAAAUGAAGAAUCUAUGGAGGACCUUCUGAGCUAUGCUUGGUCGAACUGGCAGCAAGGAACAACUACAAAUUUGAUAGACCCCUUGUUGAGGGAAAGCACAGGAGUACUGGUUCCUGACAUAAUGAGAUACAUCCACAUUGGUUUAUUGUGCAUUCAAGAUAAUAUUGCUGAUAGACCAACUAUGGCUGCAGUAGUUCUCAUGCUCAGUAGCGCCUCUCUGAGUCUUCCCGUGCCUUCGGGGCCGCCUGCAUACUAUACGCACGACGAUAUUACUAGCCCUGAGAUUUCUCUUAUUCAUGAAGCUCAGAAUCAAGUUAACUAACCAAAAGUAAAUCUAUGCUCAUCAUAUAAUGAGACAUCGAUGACUGAGUUAUGUCAUAGAUAACAACCAUAGGUAGUUGCAUUUAAUUAGUGAUAGAAAUGUAUUUUGCCCUUAUUUAUUCAAAUGGCGCUUAAAUGUGGACUAAGAACAUGGAUUUUGUUAUAAGGAUAGACUGUAUUAAGUCUCGAAAACCCAUGUACAUGCUGUUUAGUCGUAUUCUAAAAUAAGUUUUUUGA